GGGUGGGAAGAGGGAGGAAGGGGGAGGGCACCGGGCAUUUGCCAACUCCUCUCCCUCUUUUCUGGCAGCACCCAACACAGCCGCAGAGUGAAAGCACGCAGGACCUGGGCAAAAAAAAAAAGUAUUCCCCUUCGAGGCUGGACUGAGAGCAGGCCGACCCGUUGCUCAUGCUGAGGCAUUCAGAUACAGGAAGCCCAGCCGGACUAGAUUUACUGCUAAUCCAGGAUAUCGAGCAUGUAGGGACAACCUACUGGACUACUUUCUCUUGUCCCUGUCAGGCCUGUUAGAAGUUGUGUUCUGGCCUCUUGGAGGAUGUGAGGAUGCCAUCUUUGCAUGCCAGCUGAGAAAAAACCUGUUUGUGCUGGAAGUUCAUGGCCAAAUGUAGAGUGGUCGUGGUCGAUGAAAAGCAGUUUAGAGGCACAAUGUCGGCCUCUCAGGGGAUGAACAGCAGCGGCGCCUACAACUACUUCCUCAACAUGGUGGCCUAUCAGAUAUGCUGUUGCUGUGGACCGGCUCCCUGCUCGCUCUGCUGUGCCUUCUGUCCUCCGGUCAAAUCCUCCACCAGCACGCGGAUCAUGUACACCCUCUUCCACAUCAUGAGCUGCGCCGUCUCCUGCUUGAUGCUGUCCCGCACCGUCUCCGAGCUCGUCAGGGAAAAUGUGCCUUUCUUUAACAUGGUGUGUGACCAGGCGCAUGGCGGGGGCCACUGUGAGAUGCUGGUGGGCUACUCAGCGGUAUACAGAGUCUGUUUCGGCACUUCCUGUUUCUACCUGAUGAUGGCGAUCUUCCUCAUCGACGUGAAGUCCAGUCAGGACUUCAGAGCGCUCAUACACAACGGCUUCUGGUUCCUGAAGUUCAUCACUCUGCUGUCGACGUGCACCGCUGCCUUCUUCAUCCCAACAGAGUCCUUCCUGCACGCUUGGCAUUAUGUUGGUGUGGUGGGAGGAUUUGCCUUCAUCCUUAUCCAACUCACCCUAAUCACAGCUUUUGCACACACCUGGAACAAGAACUGGUUGACCGGAGCAGCAGAAAACAAGCGUUGGUAUCUGGCGGUGAUGUGCGCCACCCUCUUCUUCUACACCAUCGCCACCAUGGCCUUCACCUUCAUGUACAAGUACUACACACACCCCAUCGCCUGCGACUUCAACAAGGCCCUGCUGUGGAUCAACCUGGGACUCUGUGCCCUCGUGUCCUUCAUUGCCGUCACACCGUGCGUGAGGCAGAAGCAGCCUCGGUCAGGGCUCCUCCAAGCCUCCAUCAUCAGCUGUUACGUCAUGUACCUCACUUUCUCUGCGCUGUCCAGCCGGCCGCCAGAGAAAGUGGUGUAUCAGGGCAUGAACAUGACCGUCUGUUACCCCAGCGUGGGACAAGACGGCAUCCAGAACGAAGGCAACGCUGUGGCCAUAAUUGGAGCUGCCAUCAUGUACUGCUGCGUCCUCUUUGCGUGUAAUGAAGCUUCCUACCUGGCAGAGGUGUUUGGCCCGUUUUGGAUGAUCAAAGUUUACCGCUACGAGUUCCAGAAAGCCACCUGCUGCUUCUGCUGCCCCGAGGAAGAGGAAGCUGACGAGGAGUUUGUGAUUGACGACGAGAACAAAGGCUGUCAGAAAGUUAUUCACAACGAGACGCUGAAAGUGGCUUACAGCUACUUCUUCUUCCAUUUUGUCUUCUUCUUGGCCUCGCUGUACGUCAUGAUGACCCUCACUAACUGGUUCAGCUAUGAGUCAGCAGUGUUGGAGACCACGUUCACCCACGGCAGCUGGUCUACCUUCUGGGUGAAGAUGUCGUCGUGCUGGGCAUGUGUGAUCCUCUACCUCUGGCUGCUGCUGGGCCCUCUGUGCAGCUGUCAGCCCGAAUCCAGACCUCGCCGCUCACGCAUCAAACGGCGCUCGGGAUCCUCGCGUCACGUUUCCGUCAUCAUCUGACCCGCUCUGCGAAGGGGAGGACAGUGAGCCAUGUGGACGACGGGUCAGGGGGCUUCUGGAGCCAGGGGUCAGGGGGAAAAGACUCACAGUGAUGCGAGAAGGACCAAUCAGAGGGCUCAGUGCACUGUUGCUAUAAGAAGAACUGGAUGAAGUCCUGAAGUUACAGGCUGCACACUAUGAAUCAAACCACCAGCAAAGACUUGACUGUGGUUUGGAAACACACGUACAGUAUGAAUUGCCAAAGGGAUCAGAAGUGAUGAACUCUCACUCUGUGUAACGUGGAAACUACAGUUCGUAGAUGUAAACAUGGAUAUAUAUUGUGAAUGUUAGUAUUAUUUUCAACUUCUUAAACUUCUAAUAUUAUAACAGAGGAGUAUUCUAGAUUUUUGCCGCAAUAUUUCCAGAGAGGCGCACAUCCCAAUUAGGUUUCUCUGUCUUUCUAAUAGAAACAAGAAUCUGUUUUAAAACUGAAAGCCCUGUUUGGCCUUUGAUCUGUGAUCAUGAACAAAUCUUUCUUAAAGUUGGAAAUGGAGACCUGCGGGCUGAAUAUCAUCAAAGUUCAAACCUAACCUUGAUUGCAAGAGACAACACAUUUCAGCAGCUCAAUACAAAAAUGCAUGUAAGCAUAAUCCAAAAACAAAUUAAAUAUUUUGCCCACGUAAGCUGGAUUCUCACGCUGAUCACGCUAGAAUCACAGGAUCAGAUAUCAGAUGAAAAUCCAUCUUCUCAGGCUUCAAGUGCAUUGUGUCUAAGCUACCAGCUCACCAAACCAAUCAGGGAGUUUUUUUGCCCCAGGAUGGCGAAGGCAUGUCCCGCACUACUCUG